GUGAAACGUCUUCAAGGAUCUAAACCAAGUCCAGUUGCUGCUAUCAUCAAAGCAGCUUUUUCAGUUAUGUUCUCCAGAACUGAAGAAGCUUCUUGGAUGAGAAGUGAAACGUCUUCAAGGAUCUAAACCAAGGCCAGCUUUAACCCUUACUCUGAUACCAUGACCUGAUGAGAACCUUCACAAACAUUUUUCUUAAAUGACUGUUUCCAACAUCUAGUGUCCUAUCAUAUUAUUCUUCUUAUGUCACCACUGUGUCCAACAUCAAUGCUUUUGUGAUUUUCCCACUUGCCCUCAGACCUGUUCCUCCAGCCCCUCCCACAUCCACAUGAUUGACAGUUGUCCAUCACAACCGGUCCCCUCCUCCCCUCCCCUCCAUCCAUCAUAUUAAAGCCCAUUCCCCCCUCUGUGGUCUCAGUUUCCUCCACCUGAUCCCCACUUCCUCACACACUGGGAUGGACUGCAGCACUUACGAGCUGGAUCCCCUGGAGGUCCCUCCUCUCACCCCGACCAGUAAGGAGGUCCUCAGCCAGGCGGUGAAGGCCAGUUUCGCUGGAUUUGCCCAGGAGAGAAUCAACCAUCACUUCCCACAUGAUCCUACCUUGUGGUCUGAGUGGGAGGUGAACUACUGGCUGGACUGGUGCCAGGCUGAGUUCGGUCUCCACUGCCUGGGUUCAGACCUGAGAGGCCUGCAGGGUGGCGAGCUGUGCGGCCUGGAGAGAGAGGCUUUCCUGGGCCUGAUGUCCGACUGCACCGCAGGAGAGAUCCUCUGGGAGCAUCUGGAGACCAUGAGGACAGAGAAUGAAUAUGACUACACAAUACCAUCUUACUUUCAGCUUCAGAUCAACAAAGAAAGCUACUCAGACUACGUUCAGGAGCAUUCAGACAAACACAGCUACCAUGUUCAGUAUCAUCCCACGGAGAGGACAGACCUUCACACUCUGCACCCGGUCGCUGUACAACAUCAAGACUACUACCUGAUCAAAACAGAAGAUCCCAGCAGGAACAUGACCGCUGCUGCUCUGCUGCAGGAAACAGGAGGGAACGGAGAGACAGACUCAGAAGUGGAGAUUGCUCACAGUGACGACUCCGACAUUGUGGGCUCUCUAUCGUGGACCGCUCCCCUCCAGGACAUAGAGCCGGUGACAGAAGAGACCAUGUCUGAAGAUGUCUUCAACUUACCACACUCACACAGGAGCUUCAAAGAAUACGUAGGCAACAAAACAGAUCUGGGCCGAGCUGUGAUACCAGCAGCUAUUCUCGCCGGUUACACUGGAAGUGGUCCCAUUCAGCUGUGGCAGUUUCUGCUGGAGCUUCUCACUGACCGCAGCUGUCGAUCGUGUAUAAGCUGGACGGGGGAUGGAUGGGAGUUCAAGCUGACCGACCCUGAUGAGGUGGCCCUGCUGUGGGGUCAGAGGAAGAACAAACCCAAGAUGAACUACGAGAAGCUGAGUCGCGGUCUACGAUACUACUACGACAAAAACAUCAUCCGCAAGACGGCCGGCAAACGCUACGUCUACCGCUUCGUCUGCAACCUGCAAGGCCUGCUGGGAUACGAGCCCGGGGAGCUGCACGCCAUGUUGGACAUCAGUCACAAGAAUCACUAACGCGACCUCGACAAACACUGGCGACACGGAGCAAAGAGACACUUUUUAUAUAUGAAAUCUUUCAGUUUAUAACUUUUUAUCAGUUUCCUGAUUUAUGAGAACGUCUGAGGGGAAUACACAGUGUGUGUGUGUGUGUGUGUGUACAUGUGUGGGAGGAUGCUGCGGUUGUCUGCUAAUAUAAGUUCUGGACUUAAUGGGUGAAAUGUAGCACUUUAUCUUGACUUCUGUUGUGACUGUCAAACAAUAAAACUCACAGCAAAGUCCUUUAUGUCAUUUAUUCCUCUGUGAAUGGAUAGGCAAGUUGUUUUUUUUGCGACUACAAUAAAUUGUGGAUCCUGUGUUUAAACGUGCACCAAGAUGUUUUAUGAACCAACGCCACCACGAGCAGCAUAGCUGUCUCAACUCAAGUGUCACUGGCAGGUGAGCUGCAGAGGAAACUAAUAAGUGAAUACAUUUCUGAACAAAUACCUGCAAAACGAAUGUCAUUCCCAUCACCGUUAUCUGUAUUUUAUUCACAAAUUCAACAUUGCACACAGCAAGGACAAUAUUUCCACACUGAUUAUCAAUGUAGUCCACAUAAUUCCUUCCAGAGGGACACUAAGCAGACAGGAUAGACUACCAGACUGAGACCUGAGAGGAUCCCUGCCAGGAGGUGUUUUAACAGAGAUCAGCUGGUGGGUGGACUAAUGGAACCUAAUUGAUGUAUUCACUCUUGCUCAGCCAACUCCUUCUGCCUUUCACUUCACUACAUUAUGUGAAGCAGACUGUGUGUGUGUGGGUGGGACUGGAAUAGUCAUCUCCAGCAGAGAAAUCAAGCGGUCUAUAGUUUAACAUCUCCGACCACGCAAGGCUUUGUUUAUUGAUUCAUUGCCCUCUAAUUCCGAAUACAGCGGGGAUCCAUCUCUGCUCCUGUGAAUUUAAG